AUGACCUCCAAAUACAAUAAUUUCGAAGAGGCACUGGAAUUGAUGAUAGUGCCCAAGAUCUUGGAAAACCAACCCUGCACAACAUUAGAUGAAAAUGAGCUGACCAUCCCGAACGAACUAGAACUCGCAGAUCCGACGUUCUACAAAUCCGGCGAAAUAGACAUUCUCCUAGGAGCGAGAGUGUUCUUCAAAAUAUUAGGGCCCGGUCGACUCAACACUAUGAAUGGCCCCAACUUUCAGGAAACGAUCCUAGGUUGGGUAGCAUGUGGAGUACUUCAACAAGGGAGUUCCACAACAAUUGACACAGCAAUAGUUUAUGUUGCCAAAAAUGAAUCAAAUUUCCCCCAAGAUGAAUUAGCCAAACUUAUCGAGAAGUUUUGGCGUCUCGAAGAAUGUAGUCCCCACGAGUGGGAACCAAAACAAACAAAUGAAAGUGAAGCCGAAUUACACUUUAAACAAACGUUGCAAAUAGCUGCUGAUGGCAGAUAUAUCACCCGCAUACCAUUAUGCGGAGAUCCAUCAUCAUUGGGGGACUCGUAUCAACAAGUUCACAGAAGAUUUCUCUCACUGGAGCGAAGACUUCAAAACAACCAAGAUCUCUACGAAGAAUAUCGCACAUUUAUGAACGAAUAUGAACAUAUGGGACACAUGGCACCCAUCACAGCUGACGAUUUUCAUAAAGUUAAAUACUUUAUACCUCACUCAUGUGUAGUAAAGCCUGAAUCAACCUCUACCAAAUUAAGGGUAGUGUUUGAUGCCAGCGCGAAAACAUCGAACGGAAUAUCCCUCAACGAUAUUCAAAUGGUGGGACCCACCAUCCAAAAGGAACUCUUCGAUCUACUGAUUGAGUUCAGAACUCACAACAAGGUAUUAGUGGCAGACGUCGCCAAAAUGUACAGACAAACACUUGUCGCAUACGAAGACACUUGGCUACAAUCCUGUCGAGCUCUACAUGAAGCUGCAGAAGACUAUCGUGAAGUAAACGCAAAAGUAGCAGAUGCAAUUCAAAACUCAUUCUACGUUGAUAAUCUCAUGAUCGGAGCCUCCUCCACCUCCGAACUUAUUGAAUUAAAGGAAGGCAUCGAACAUGCCCUAUCACUCCACGGAUUUCCACUACGAAAGUGGGCUUCAAAUGAUAACAGUGUACUGGAGGGCAUUCCGGAGAAAGAUCUGGAACCCCUGAUUCAAGUAGGAGACCAGGAAGUUAUUAAAACUCUAGGAGUGGGCUGGAACCCCAUGAAUGAUGUGUUCCAGUUCAUCAAUGUAAAGAAUUCGAACGAAGUAAUCAGAUCACUAACGAAAAGACAAAUGGUCUCGAAGAUACUGAGGUUGUACGACCCCAUUGGUCUAAUCCAACCAGUAAUCAUCACGGCCAAGAUCCUAAUGCAGGAUUUAUGGACUCACAACAUUAGCUGGGACGACGAAGUUCCAGACCGUUCUCUUCAGCAGUGGAGAAUCUUUGAAGCAUCUUUAACAGAAUUGAAAUCUAUCGAGAUUCAAAGGAUGACAAUCCCAAGCCAAACCAUUGUCCUUGACUUGCACGGAUUCAGUGACGCAUCGGAGAAAGCUUACGGAUGCGUCAUCUACAUGCAUUCGAUCGAUUUGCAAGGCGAAGAACGCACAAACCUGUUAUGCGCCAAGUCACGGGUAGCACCUCUAAAAAAGGUUACUCUUCCACGUCUAGAACUGCUAGCAGCAGUAUUGCUAGCAGAACUCGCCUCCAGAAUAAAAGGAAUACUAGGGCAACGAAUCACAUCGGAAUAUUACUACAGCGACUCCCAGGUGACACUGAGUUGGAUAAAAUCUUCUAGUACACGCUGGGGGACAUUCAUCAGAAACAGAGUAGAAAAAAUACAUGCAUGGACGGACCCAGACCGUUGGAAGUACGUCUCGACCAAAGAAAACCCUGCAGAUAUGGUCUCCAGAGGAGUACCAGUCAAGAAAUUGAUAGAAUCAAAGUUGAACUUCUGGUCACACGGACCAGAAUCCAUCCAAAAAAGAGAGAGAUAUCCCCUACCAGGAUACCAAUACGAUGUGACAGCUGAACAAGAGAAAAUCAAAAGACCUGCUGUUCUGCUUGUAGCAGCCAAGGGAAAGGAGUGUAAAGACUACAUAUCAGAAUUCCCUCAUCACAACUCAUUCAGCAAAACAGUAAGACAUUUCGCGUGGAUCAAUCGAGCAAUCCACAACAUGCAAAGAAGCAAAGGUUAUUCGGACAUCACAUAUGAGAAACGGUCCGGGCCACUCACCGCGAAUGAAUUAGAAGAAGGAUUAUUGCUAAUAUCCAAAAUCAUGCAAGCCACUAUCUACCCAAAUGAAGUGGCAGAAUUAAGGAAAAAGGGAGAGGUAACUUCAAAGGGACCAUUCCAACACUUGAACGCAAACGUGAAAAAUGGCGUAAUACACGUCUCAGGAAGAUUAAAUAGUGCAGAAAUGCCUGCAUCUCAAAAGAAUCCCGUGCUCAUUCCUAAAUCGCACCCAUUUUCAAGAGUCAUACUUCGACAUAUCCAUGAAAGUAACUUUCACGCAGGAAUGAACAUAAUAAUAAACGAAUUCAGACAAAAGUUCUGGAUGAAGGACCUGAGAAGAACAGUUCAGGGAGUCAUCCAACAAUGCAUAUUGUGUACAAGAGCACGCCCCAAACGCCUACAGCAGCAGAUGGGACAAUUACCAACACCAAGAGUAACAGAAUCAUCAGCAUUCACUCAUACUGGAGUGGAUUUAUGCGGUCCAUUUGAGGUGCUGAUAAACCAAAAAUCAAAAUGCAAGACAACGGCUUAUGCAUGUAUUUUUGUAUGUUUCGCCACAAAAGCCGUACACCUAGAAGUCGUCGAGGACCAGACGGCAGCAGCCUUCAUAUCAGCGCUGCUUCGAUUCACAGCUGUAAGAGGAGUUCCAGAUAUUAUUUACUCCGACAACGGACGCAACUUCGUAGGAGCUAGCAGAGAACUAAAUCGCCUACGAAAAACAUACAACAACGAAGUAUUUCAGAACAAACUAGUUGACUCAGCAGCCAGUCAUGGAAUACGAUUUUCGUUUAUCCCGCCUCGAAGUCCGAACUUCGGGGGACUCUGGGAAUCGAACAUAAAAGUAGCCAAACGUCUAUUCAGCGCAGCCGCCAGAGGAGUUCAGCUGAAUAUAAUGGAACUUCAAACACUAUUUUAUCAAGUAGCCGCAGUAAUGAACUCGCGGCCGCUAACACCGAUCUACACGACGCCUGAUGCACCAACCGCACUCACGCCUGGACAUUUUUUGAUAGGUCGGCCAAUGCUGACUGUACCUAUUCCAACACAAAAUGAAAGCGCAAACAACCUAACGACUAGAUGGAAACGAAUACAAUCACAAAUCGAACAAUUCUGGAGAAGGUGGAGAGACGAAUAUCUUCAUCAACUGCGAGAUUAUGCAAAAUGGACCAAACAAAAAGCUAACGUCAAAAUUGGUCAAGUAGUACUGGUCGGAGACGACAACAUUCCUGUAGCAAGAUGGCCUAUGGGAAUCAUUACUCAAGUGUAUCCAGGCGAGGAUGGAAUAGUCCGAGUGGCAGUCGUGCGAACCUCCUCCGGGAUCUACAAGCGUAACGUAAGAACGCUAGCCCCUUUACCAAUAGAAGAAGACGAAGAUCCCGAAAUUGCAUCAACAACUCAACAACCAGAAGGUGUGGCCUCUGAUGAACGACCACCUCCACCCGAAAUAAUCGAACUUGAAGAUGACCCCCCGCCGCAAGCACCACAAAUGAUUUGGGACGGAGACUCGAACGUUUCCAAUUCCAUCACGAUGCACGAUGUGGCAUCGUAUUCAGUGGACGGGGCCUUCAUCGUGGCUCUGUUGAUAGCCGCGCUCGUAUUUCAUUGGCGGCGCAGCCAACGCAGGCUGCGCCAACUGGAAGAGCAUGCCAAGCGAGCGAAGCUUGGCAUCGCUCAAGUGUAG